AUGCUGGGACGUCGCUUUCGAAAAGUUGUGGCCAGACCCUUCGAGAAUCUGAGUGCCUCGAGCCGUCUUAUUCAAUUCUUUAGACUGGGAUCGUCAACACUGGUCAUCGUGUUCGCUAUGAUUCUCACGGUGGGGGCCUUGGCGUGCCCCGAUAGACUAUUUAUGGGCCAAAUGAACACCUCUUCAAUCGAUAUCGCCAACGGGUUAUUUCAAUUUCUGGAGUCUUCAGUUGAGUCUUCCACAGCCAACUACAUCAGUAAUGGGGUGGGACUUACAACUUCAGAGAUUUUGAUCUUGACUGAGUACACAUCGCUGCAGUCUAAAGCAGCCCCACAGUAUGUAGUGUCUUCCGUGUAUGGUUGGUGCCGUGUCGAAAAUCGAACAACGACCACUACGGGACCAAGGGCGCAGAAUUACACAACAUGCACUACGGAAGGCUCGGACUAUAUCUUCGACUACCGUAGCCUUAUGAAAGGUGUAGGACUCGAGGUUAUCCUGGAUUACGCAUACAACGCUUCUGGGGACGACACCUACGAAGCAAACCCGUCGUACACACAUUACAUGAACUCCAAGAGAUCGAUGAAAGGAAGAAUGAUUGUUUUGUUGUACAUCGUCGCUGCGUGCCAAGCAUUAGUUUUGUUCUUAACAUUGUGGUACUACUCGAUUAAGGGCAGGUCUCUAAAUCAAUUUCGAGAGUCGUUGCUGGUCCACACCAUAUCGAUUCUCUCGUUAUUGGUGUGCAUAUGCGCGUUGGUGAGCACUAUUUUGCUAGUGACUCUCAAUGUCCAGCUGCGAUCAAAGAUAAAAGACGAGCUUAGCGUUAUGGGCAUCUCCUAUCAUUUGGGACGCGCUUGGUUCGCUGCGCUUUGUCUCAUGGCUAUUUUUUCGUGCAUUUCGUGCGCCAAUUGGUCUGGCUUGGUGUGGUGUAUUACCAACGGGGCCGCAAACAAAGAAGAGUCAUACGAGCUGGGAAUUCUGGCCUCAGCAGCUGAAAGCAUUCAAGAAUUCUCAUCUGAGCAGUUAGACACUGAUUUAAGCCGUCCACAAAAGCCUUUCCUAUCAAGAAACGACAGCUCUCGAGCAGGCAUCUUGGAUGCCGACUCAAUUGAAUCGCAGAACCUCGUCGUCAGGACUGAUACGGACACUUCGAACGCUCUACUACACAAGCCUGUGGUACCGACGUCAGCAUUCAAUUUGUGA